UGCAGAGUAUGAGCUGCUGUCCACAGCUUUCUGGAUGUAAAUUGAUGAGGUCAUAGUGUUUUCCAGUUCCCAAAAAAAAAAAAGAUUUUAAAAAAAGUCAUCAACUUGUUUUUCAAGAGAGGAAAACACAGAGAAGCUGAAGAAAUGAAGCAACUAGCAAAACUCCUUCUGUGGCAGAUUUUGCUUCAGCAAAGUUCUGUUGAUUUAUAUUCAGUCCCAGCUGAUGCCUCAAACCCGGAGAGCGUGGUGGUGUCGGUGCUGAACAUCAGCGCAGCGCUGGGCUCGCAGGCUCUGCUCCCCUGCAGGAGCCACCGCAUGGUGUGGACCCAGGAUCGCCUCAACGACCGCCAGCGGGUGGUGCACUGGGACGUCUACAGCAGCUACUACGGGGACAGCAAGAUGGAGAGGCUGUGUGACAUGUACUCAGCUGGGGACCAGCGUGUCUACAGUGCCUACAACCAAGGGAGGAUAUUCAUGCCCCAGAAUGCCUUUACAGAUGGCAACUUCUCCUUGGUGAUCAAAGAUGUUGCAGAGAGUGAUGAAGGCACUUACUCUUGUAAUCUUCACCACCACUACUGCCACGUAUAUGAAACUGUGAAAAUCCAACUAAUCAUCACCAAGCAAGCUGAGGAUGGUAAGGAGUACUGGGAUGGGGAGAAGCCUGUGAUUGUUGCCCCAGAAGGCAGCACGGUUCUGCUCCCCUGUGUGAACCGCAACCACAUCUGGACUGAGCGGCACAGUGAGGAGGAGCAGCAGGUGGUGCACUGGGACAGGCAGCCCCCGGGCGUCCCUCAUGACCGCGCCGACCGCCUCAUCGACCUCUACGCCUCCGGCGAGUGCCGUUCCUACGGGCCUCUCUUCCUCCGUCAGAAGAUGAACAUCACUGACUCAGCCUUUGCUGUGGGAGACUUCUCCCUGAGGAUUUCUCAGCUGGAAAGUGCAGAUGAGGGCACCUACUCCUGCCACCUGCACCAUCACUACUGCGGCCUCCACGAGCGCAGGAUCUACAGAGUCUUUGUGACAGAGCCGGUGAGAGAGAAGAAGGUGGUGAACCUCACAACUCACAACAUUGCCCCAGCUGUAGAUCCAAAUGUUGUCAGGGGCCACAACGUGAUAAAUGUCAUCAUCCCUGAGAGCCGGGUGCACUUCUUCCAGCAGCUGGGCUACAUCCUGGCAACUCUGCUGCUCUUCAUUGUCCUCCUCAUUGUCAUUGUCCUGGUCACCCGCAAGCACAGGCAGAGAGGUUAUGAAUACAAUGUGAAGAAAUAUGGAGAGAAGGAUGUAAAUCUUAAAGAAUUUACUGUUGACACAACAGAUCUGACUCAAUGCAAAGGUGAAGACAUCAGGCUGGAUUACAAAAACAACAUCCUGAAGGAGAAGGCCGAGCAAGCCAGAAGCUUCCCAGCAAAGAACAUUGAUUUAGACAAAGAUUUCAGGAAGGAAUACUGUAAAUGAAGACAUUCCCAAGCUCCUGGCUGGACCAGAAGCUUCAAUCAAGGAUAGAUAAAUGGAAGAGAGAUGCCUUUUCUUAACAUCAUGUCUCUCCAAUUACCAUAGAUAUUUUUUUUUCAUGUAGACUUUCUCCCCACUGAGCACAAGGCUAUUUGCAAAUGCUUUUUGAAAGAGUUAAACCAUCUGUCUUGUGUGCAGUUAGGGUGGGUUUGGGUUUUGCCUUUUCUUCUCUUGUUCUCCCAGUCUUCCGUUCCCCUUUUCUUUCUUGAUAUUAUUGUUGGUUUUAUGCAUCAAUGAUUUUUAUGAGCUGAAUCAGCAGGCCUUUUGCUUUGAUGUUACUGCUUUUAAUAAACCAACCUGCAUUGCUAAUCUGGA